AUGCUCAGGCUACGAUUCAGCGAAUCAGACAAUCGCGGACCACGGCCAUUUGUAGCUAAACACUCAAACGUCACCUCACUCCGACAGCGCGCGCCACACGAGUAUGUGACUACAAUUUGCCAUCAACAUAGGUUAGACUCAUCAUCAAUUGUUAUCCGUACUGCAGUCUCGACCGGCCAGGCCACAUUGUUAUACCAAUCGGGCGAGUCAAACUUCCAACACUUCCAUUUCACUACAGUUUACUGUUGUGCCUCGUUCAAUGAUUCGAGCUGCAACCGAACCGGACGAAUCAUAGUCUACCAGAAACCAAAUUCACGGAUUAUCCUGGGUCACGUGUCCCGAAUCAGACGGCCCAUCUUUCAUGUCUAUAAGGCUUCAUGUACCUAG